AUGUUGUUGAGUGGAGACAGGAUGGCCAUCUGGCUCAUGACUGGUCUGUUCGCCGUGCUCACCAUUUUCUUCAAUGUCUACAUCCUGCUGAUGAGCCUACGGCACUACAGAGAGAACGGACACUGGCUCCCCUGUGAGACCAUCAUCACAGCAUUCUCACUGAGCAGCACCACUCACCAGAUGGUCUCCUACCUCUUUUUAUCCCUGGACAAGAUGGACACCUUCUGUUUAGUAGACGAGCAUAUACUCUCCAUACUGCUGGUGAUUAUCUACAGCCUGAAGUUCUCCAUUAUGUGGCUGACUGCAUUCCUGGCGUUUUACUACAGCACCAAGCUGGUGAUCGAGCCCAUCCACUGCUACACCAAGAUCCAGGAGGCCAUCAUGAAGCACGUCAUGACUGUGGUCCUGGUCAUUCCCCUUUGCGGGUUCGGCAGCUGCAUGCCGAUGAUGGUCGUCUUCGACCACCUUCACAGCCAAACGGACAGUUAUGACUGCGGCAUUCUGAGGCCAAAGGGAACCCCAGGCCAGACAUACUUGGCAUACUACCUGCUCAUGUCCGACAUCAUCCCCGGUCUGAUCAUGCUGAAGAGCUGCAUCUCCAUCAGUGUUCAUCUAGCCAUUCACCUGCAGCACAUGAAGGCGAGUACCAACGGGUUCCACACCCCCAAGCUGGGCGCUGAGAUGCGGGUGAUCCACAUGAACCUGGGUCUGAUCGUGGUCUUCAUCUGCUUCCUGGUGGUUGACCUCUAUGUGCACUACAUGAACACCAUCCAGCAACAAAAUGUUGUUCCACUUACCGUCCUCUUCUCCUCAGUCUACACAGCCAUCAGUGCCCUGGUGCUCAUCUAUGGGAAGAAGACCUUCUGGAAGGAACUCCUCCACCUGUUCAACCUCUUCCUGGAUGAGUACCCCUGCCUCUCCUGCCUCAAAGUUCCAGAGACCAAGCCAAACAAAAGUGCCACCCCAGGACACUGA